AUCUAUCACCAACAAGUACAACAAUCGAGAGCACUCUCAACUUCGGUUCACAUUUCAGUCUCGCGGCCAAAAAUCCUCGCUCCUCGCACUUCCCGCACUACAUGAAACUUCCAGUUAUAUUUCAGUAGAACAACGAUGGCGAUUCGCGUCGUUGGCGGCUGCUCCAUCCUUCGCUCUGCCUCAGCUCCUCCUCUAUUUGCGUUUCGAUGUAGUGUUCACCGAUCUCAAUUCCCGCUCUGGGUAAAAUUAGGGAUUCAUUUCCCGGUGUUUCGGUGUGAGGCACAGUUUAUUAGCCGCCGUCGUGUUCAGAGCUGCUCGUUUCACAGCCUCCUUGAUUGCGUCCUGGAGGAGCUUGCCUUGAGCAAACGCAAGAGAGUUUACGCGAAGGCAGGGAUAACAAGUGGUGGAGAGCUUCUUGAAGAUAAGCUUGUAAACCGACCUCUAGAAAAGGGGCUGCUGUUGGAGUUCAAGAAGGAUUCUGAUAGGGAAUUACUGGCAGUUGCGCAUAGACCUGAUGGCAAGAAGAAUUGGAUGGUGUUUGAUCAGAAUGGUGUCACAACUUCAAUUAAACCACAGCAGAUUACCUUUAUUGUCCCCGGAGUUGAAAAUUUUGACCACACUGAGAUUUCCGACUUCUUAAAGAAAGCUCAUGAUAACUUGGACCCAACGCUGCUCGAGUUUGCAUGGUUCGAGCUUCUUGAAAAGAAGCAGUCAGUGACAACGGAAGAAUUAGCAGAGAUGAUUUUUGGUGGUUCAGAGCCUCUUGAGAGCUAUUGCGCCCAUCUCUUGCUGUCAAAAGAUGAAAUAUAUUUCACUGUGCGAGAGGCAAAAGGUUCUCGCUCUAUUUAUGGGCCUCGAUCAGCUGCACAGGUGGAAGAGCUUUUACGGAGGAAGCUAGUCAAGGAUGCUGCAGAGAAAGAACUUCAGGAAUUUAUACAGUUAUUGACAUCUGCGAAGGCAAUGCCUUUACGAGCUAAACCUCCUAAAUCUUCUUGGAUGACUGAAGAUAAAGUGCGAUGCAGAAUUGAGUCGCUCGAAGCAUAUGCUAUUGAUGCAUGCAAAAAUGAUGAGCAAAAGAAAACUGCUGGGAUGAUCCUUAAGGCAAUGGGAAUGGCAAAAACAGCAUCCUCUGCAAUAAACCUCCUCAUAGAUAUUGGGUAUUUCCCUGUACAUGUCAAUCUUGAUCUGCUAAAGCUCGACAUUCAUACAGAUCAUUCGGAUGAGACAAUAUCAACUGCUGAAAGUCUUUUGUCAGACUCAUCUGACCCUGACAAGAUUGACAGGAAGGAUCUUACUCACUUGAAGGUUUAUGCCAUUGAUGUUGACGAGGCUGAUGAGCUUGAUGAUGCCCUGAGCGCAGCAAGGUUACAAGAUGGUCGAAUCAAAGUAUGGAUACAUGUUGCAGAUGCAGCAAGAUACGUUCAACCUAGGAGCUCAUUGGACAGGGAGGCAAUGAAAAGAGGAACUUCUGUUUUCUUGCCGACAGCUACUUAUGCUAUGUUUCCCGAGAAGCUUGCCAUGGAGGGAAUGAGUUUGAAACAAGGAGAGGUUUGCAAUGCUGUUACUGUAUCUGUUGUGCUGCAUUCUGAUGGCAGCAUUGCAGAAUACUCGGUGGAAAACUCAAUCAUUAAACCAACCUACAUGUUGACAUAUGAGAGUGCAUCUGAGCUGCUUUAUCUGAACCUGGAAGAAGAGGUUGAACUAAAAAUUCUUUCUGAGGCUGCAACUCUUCGACUACAAUGGCGUCGUCAACAGGGUGCAGUUGACACAACUACGAUAGAAACUCGCAUCAAGGUUUCUAAUCCAGAGGACCCAGAGCCAUCAAUCAAUUUAUACGUUGAAAACCAGGCAGACCCUGCAAUGCGACUUGUCUCUGAGAUGAUGAUUCUCUGCGGGGAAGUUAUAGCCACUUAUGGCUCUUAUAACAACAUUCCUUUACCCUUUAGAGGACAGCCCCAAUCAAAUAUUGAUGUAUCUGCCUUUGCGCAUCUCCCAGAAGGACCUAUUAGGAGCUAUGCUAUUGUUAGGAAUAUGCGUGCUGCUGAAAUGGAUUUCCGUAAGCCUAUUCGCCAUGGGGUUUUGGGACUUCCUGGUUAUGUUCAGUUUACAUCUCCUAUCCGUAGAUAUAUGGAUAUUCUUGCUCAUUAUCAGGUGAAAGCAUUUCUCAGAGGUGAGUCACCUCCUUUCUCAGCUGGUCAACUGGAAGGGAUCGCGUCAAUUAUAAACAUGCAAACUAGACUAGUUAGGAGGCUAUGCAACAGCAGUCUUCGGUAUUGGAUAAUAGAAUACCUAAGAAGGCAACCAAAGGAAAAAAGAUUUCAAGCGUUAGUUCUUAGAUUCAUCAAAGAUCGGAUUGCUGCCUUGUUGUUGGUUGAGGUAGGACUACAAGCGUCUGCUUGGGUGUCUGUGGGAACACAGAUAGGAGAUGAAGUGCAAGUACAGGUGGAGGAAGCCCUUCCUAGGGAUGAUGUUCUCUCUCUCAAGGAGGUUCUAUAAUGACACAAACUGAGUCUUUCAGUAGUAGAAUUUUUAGAAAGAUUCACUCCUUUUCACAAUCUUUGAAUGGGCAACCAAGUAACCCCAAAAUAAAUCUUCCUUGGGUUCUCUGUUGAAUGACUAGAUGUUCCUUAACUGGAAGAGGUUACUGCUCCAGCUGUGUUUUGUCAUGAACAUAUCACUUGACAUAUUUGCUCUAGACCAACAGUGUUGGGCAAAGCUUAAAUCUAGUCAGCAGAGGUUGCUUAAGGGCUUGCUCUCACGUUCACUUGAUUUACAGCGUCCACGACCAAGCAACUGAGAUCAGUUAGUAUUUGACGGGGUAGAGAAUGCAUUGCUACUAUAUGCUGAAACCACAAAAUCACUGGGUCAAAGUCCAGUUACUAAGGGGUCAAAACCCAACUCACUAAGCUUGAGAAAAUGCAUUGUUAGUUAGUAAGUGGGUGGGCUUGGCUUAUUAACCCAUUGGUUGGACAAGUCCCAACCGACGUGGCGACGUAGGACUUCUUCUGUGUCAUAACACAUGUUUACCGUUUAAUGAUCCCAACCCUUCCCGGCUGUACCCCUUCUCCCUUCUUCAAGAAGUGAAAAGUUGUUCGGGGUCACUGGGGGGUGGUCCCAUGCCCCUUCCCCACGAACCCUCUUUACAGUUUUAUGAAAUUUAAAGCUUAGAAUUAUGUUUUCCAGCAACAUCCAACAAGAUAGAGGGGAGUAGAUAUGGUUGGUGUUUAAUUAAAACUUCACGAUUUUUAGAGACUCAUGUUAUGAAUCUUGUGGGCUAUUAAAUUCUCAAUUGAUUCACGAGAUUUUGCGAAAA